GAUGUGAAGCCAUGAGGAUGGGACCCCUCCUCCCUUUGCACCGGGGGCACUUUGUCCUUCAGUGCCAGCCCAAGCAUCCCCUCCUCCAGGCAGCCCUCAAGGACUGCUCACAGAGUUCUCCCAAGACCCACGUGACUGCCUGUCCUCUAAAUUGGGGAGUCAGGCAGCGCCAAGGGAGCCCUGCGGUCCAGCCUCUGAUCCCUCAUCUCUCACCGGAGCCCUCACUGAACAGAGGCCAGAGGAGACCCAGCAGGCGGGGCUGGAGGAGAGCACCUGGGGGCAGGUGGAGUGAGGAGAGGUGGGAGAGGACGGAGGCAGUCUCGGCCACCUUCCUGGAGCCCAGGCUUUAUCCUGCAGGCAACUGGAAGGUCCCAGCAAGGAUGAACUGCCCAGCUGACAACGCAAACUUUCUAAAUGAAAACCUGUCAUCCCCGGGUUUCAAUCCUUCUGCUGAAGCCUUUCGCCUUCAGGGAGGGCCCUGGAGCUCACCGAGCCGGCUCCAACUGAACCCCGAACCCCGAGUCUUACAGAAUCACAUUUACGACCAAGAAAGGCUGGCUGGAAAAUGCAAGCCAUCCAGCCACUACAGCUGCCCUCAGUGGUGAGCCCUGAGGAACUCAGGAUGGAGACAGACCACUGCCAAGCUCUCAGCCACUGCAGCCGCCCAAGAGUGCACCCUGAGGGGACUCAGGAUGGGAAAGCACGGAACACUGGCCCCAGAGAGCUAAGUCCACAGCGGGGAACAGGGAGGAGACCGGGAGACACAUGGUGACGUUGGGGCCUUGGCGUGUCUGUCUUUGUGCGGUGCCCUCAGCUGCCUCCUGGGGUGGGGCAGUGAUCAUCACCUUUCCGAAGAGCCGACCCCUCAAAAGGCCUCACCCUACGUCACGCCCAGACUGCAGGCCUCCCCCCAGGAGGGAGCACAGGCUGCCGACGAAGGUUCCGAGGCCGAGAGCCGACGCAGUGGGGGAGGUGGGCGCUGGUGAGGAUGGGGGCGGACACGGCCCAACUCACGUCCCUAGACGUCCCUAGACGUGUGGCCUGUGCACAGACGAGCAUCUCCGACCGGGUGGUGGGGACCUCGCGUGAACUCAGCUCCGGAGACGCUGCUCAUUUCGAGCACAGAUGAUGGUCUCCCAGAUGCCUUGUCCUGACCAGCGUGACGUUUGUUCAGUUCAGCUGCCCUCCGUCACAAGAGGCCUGAUCAGACCCAGACUCUCACCAUGAAAAAUGUCUUUUCUCAUUGGAUCUGAGUCCUGGA